AAUGGAUUUUGUCACCGGCUUGCUGGCCGAACCAAGUGGAAGCGACGUGGUCACUUCGCGCCAUGUCGCACGACGAUCACAGCCGAAGAAACCAAACGCCUGUUCAUCUUGGUCCUCGUUCGCCUGCAUGGUAUCCCUACGGCGAUCAUCACGGACAGAGACCUGAAAUUCACCUCGUGCUUCUGGCAAGACACGUGGGACCAAUACGGCACUCGCCUACAGUUCUCAUCUGCCUAUCACCCGCAAAUCGACGUUCAGACAGAACGGACAAAUCAGACCAUGGAACAGUUGAUUCGCACGAACUGCCCGGAUAUCAGCAAGUGGGAAGAUUCGCUACCCAUGCUGGAGUUUUCCUACAACAAUGCACCCUCCUCCACGACCAAUCAUUAGCCCUUUUUCCUGAAUUAUGGGAUAGAUCUGACAGUACCCAUUUCCACCAACGUCAGAAGCCAAAAUAGGCCAAGCCGACCAGAGGCGA